CGUUCUCGCAUGAAAAUGAGGCUGUCAGCUCGUCAAUUUCUCAGUCCAAACGCGUCUUAUCAAAGAAACACCAAGGAUCGAAUCAUAUCAUUAUGGGGACUGUUUGUUUUUCAUGGCACUUUUGUUUGUUUUUCGUCCUGUUAAAUACUUGUCGGUCCUUGGGAACUAGUGGGCUUGUAGAUUUAGAUGAGUGUGCUGUAGGAACGGAUGACUGUCAUAUCGAUGCAAUCUGCCAAAAUACGCCCAAAUCCUACAAAUGCAUCUGCAAACCUGGCUAUAAAGGAGAUGGAAAACAAUGUGAAGAUGUUGAUGAAUGUGACAAUGACUACAAUGGUGGUUGCGUUCAUGAAUGCAUCAACAUUCCUGGCAACUACAGGUGCACUUGUUACGAUGGUUUUAUGCUGGCACACGAUGGUCACAAUUGCCUGGAUGUGAAUGAAUGUGAUGACAAUAAUGGUGGCUGUCAGCAAAUCUGUGUUAAUACCAUGGGCAGCUAUGAAUGUCAGUGUAAAGAGGGAUUCUUUCUCAGUGAUAACCAACAUACCUGCAUCCAUCGCUCUAAUGAGGGGAUGAACUGCAUGAACAAAGAUCAUGGAUGUGCACAUAUCUGUCGAGAGACACCAAAGGGUGGGGUGGCUUGUGAAUGCAGGCCUGGUUUUGAGCUCGCCAAAAACCAAAGGGACUGCACAUUAACCUGUAACUAUGGAAAUGGGGGCUGUCAGCAUACCUGUGACGAUACCGACAAUGGACCAGUGUGUGGCUGUCACCAGAAAUAUGCUCUACACUCUGAUGGGAAAACGUGCAUUGAGAAGGAUGAGGCUGCAAUUGAGAGCUCUGAGUACAAUGCCACGUCAGUAGCUGAUGUGGACAAGCGGGUGAAACGGCGGCUACACAUGGAAACAUGUGCUGUGAAUAAUGGAGGUUGUGAUCGUACAUGCAAAGAUACUGCUACAGGAGUUCGGUGUAGCUGUCCUGUCGGAUUCACGCUGCAACCCGAUGGGAAAACAUGCAAAGAUAUUGAUGAAUGUUUAGUAAAUAAUGGAGGAUGCGACCAUUUCUGCAGGAAUACAGUUGGCAGCUUUGAGUGUAGCUGUCGAAAAGGCUACAAGCUCCUGACAGAUGAGCGAUCUUGCCAAGAUAUCGAUGAGUGCUCCUUUGAAAGGACUUGUGACCACAUAUGCAUCAACUAUCCAGGAAGUUUUGAAUGUUUGUGUCAUAAAGGCUAUACUUUAUACGGACUGACUCAUUGUGGAGAUAUUGAUGAAUGCAGUAUAAAUAAUGGGAGCUGUGAUUACGGUUGUAUUAAUACAAUGGGAAGUUAUGAGUGUGUAUGUCCUCCUGGGAAGAAAUUGCAUUGGAACAAAAAAGAUUGUGCCGAGACGGUGAAAUGUCUCCGAAAUUCAAAGGUUGCACAUAAAGUUCAGCUGAUCUGCAGUAAGAGCAGAGGAGUAGAAAGCUGCUCUCUGUCUUGCCCAUCAAAGGCACUCUUUGUGGCAGAUUCUGAAAACAGCUAUACUUUCAGUUGUGGCAUUCCCAUACAGCCAACCAAAGGUUCACAGAAACGAAAUGCAACUCUCCCCAGCUGUGCAGAUCCCUUGGCACCUCCAAUAAAACAAAGAGCUAGAUUUAAGAUAAAGGAUGCCAAGUGCCAUCUUCGACCACGAAUUAAGGAGAGGAUUAAGGAUAGUCUGAAGCAAAGUAUGUCAGGUGGACACUUCCCAUGCACAGACAACUGCCAUGUGACAUUCGUAAAUCUGAAGUGUGAUUCUUCCAAAAAGCGGAGGCGUGGACGCAAGUCACCAUCUAAGGAGGUUUCGCAUAUUACAGCAGAAUUCGAGGUAGAAAUGAAGUCUGAACAGGUGACAGACUCCUGCAACAUGGAAUGUGUACGCAAGAAGAUGGAACAAAAACUGCAGACAGCAAUUAAAACUUUGAGAAAGUCAAUUAAUAAACAACAAUUUUACAUUCAGUUCUCUGGGACAGAGUAUGAAGUCGCCCAGAAACCAGCAAAAAUGCACGAAAACCAAAUGUGCAGCCCAGGUCAAGUGCUCCAGGAUGGGAAGUGCAUCAGCUGUGAACUAGGACGCUAUUACAGUGGAGAGCUCAACCAAUGUCUCCUGUGUCCACCGGGCACAUACCAGGAUACAAGAGGUCAGCUGUCCUGUGAGCCAUGUCCUAGCAACGAUGGACAAGGAAUAGCUGGGGCUCGGAAUGUAUCUGAGUGUGGAGGCCAGUGCUCUCCAGGACAUUUCUCAUCUGAUGGGUUUAGGCCCUGUCGAUCUUGCCCAAUUGGCACCUUCCAACCUGAGCCAGGCCGCACACAGUGCUUCUAUUGUGGGGGUGGAUUAUUAACCAAAUAUGAAGGUGCAGUCUCAUUCCAAGAUUGCGAAACAAAAGUUCAUUGUUCCCCUGGUCACUAUUACAACUCCACCACACACAGAUGCAUAAGGUGUCCCGUUGCAACUUAUCAGCCAGAGUUUGGUCAGAAUUACUGCAUCACUUGUCCUGGAAAUACAACCACAGAUUUUGAUGGUUCUACCAACGUCACUCAAUGUAAAAACCAACAGUGUGGAGGAGAUCUUGGAGACUACACAGGGUUUAUUGAGUCACCAAACUAUCCUGGAGAUUAUCCUUCCAAUGUGGAGUGUGUUUGGAAUAUAAAUCCACCACCAAAGAGAAGAAUCCUCAUUGUUGUGCCAGAAAUUUUCUUACCAAUGGAAGAUGAGUGUGGAGAUGUUUUAGUAAUGAGAAAGAGUUCUUCACCAACAUCUGUUACAACCUAUGAAACAUGCCAAACUUAUGAACGACCUAUCGCAUUUACCUCAAGGUCUCGGAAACUAUGGAUUCAGUUCAAAGCUAAUGAAGGGAACAGCGCCAAAGGAUUUCAAGUUCCAUAUGUUACAUAUGAUGAGGACUACCAACAGCUUAUAGAAGAUAUUGUCAGAGACGGCCGUUUGUAUGCUUCUGAGAAUCAUCAAGAAAUUCUUAAAGACAAGAAGUUGAUCAAAGCACUCUUUGAUGUAUUGGCACAUCCUCAAAAUUAUUUCAAGUAUACAGCACAAGAGUCAAAAGAAAUGUUCCCCAGAUCAUUUAUAAAGUUGCUGCGAUCCAAAGUUUCCAGGUUUCUGAGGCCUUACAAAUAGGUUUGCUGCUAAAGAUCUUUAACAUGCUGUCAUAUUGCAAUCUGGAAAAAAAGAAGACAUCCCUUCCUUCAACACUGGUGUCCUACUUUCUCAUUACAAUUCAAACUUCUGUUUAAUUGUCCUCUUUUGAUUUUAAAGAUCUUUUCCAUUCUUCUUUAUUGAAGAACAUAUUCUAAAAUGUGCUGAAAUAUACAAGCAAUUAUCCUGCUUUGGGUUGAUAUUCUUUUGAAAGCAGAAAGAACUUGGGAAGCCUUAUGUGCAUUUGGCUUUGGCUGUAAACAUGUGCACUACAGGUGGUCACCUUUGUUAUACGUUCAAAGAACAUUUCAUUUUAAUAGAAAAUGACUAUUGACAUAAUUUCAUUUUUAAUCUCCUCUACAGGGAAAAUAUAGGUCCAGUAGAACAAAAACUCAUCCAGCAAGUUGGAAAGUAGCAAAAAUUGGCAACUACCUGUAAAAGUAUAUUAAAAAGAUGCAACAGAAAUAAAGGAAAAGUUGUAACUAAUAUUUGGAACUUUAAUUGCACUUGAAUGUUGUAUUUGAAUCAAUUUAGUAAAAAAUCUAAAUUGUUUUCUACUUAGAUCUAAAAGUACUAUUUGACUUGUAUAAAUGCUUGACUAUAUUUCAGAGACGAAACAGAAUUGGACAGUCAUUCUAGUCUCUCAUUCUGAUUGGUCAAAAAAAUUAAUUUUAUCUCUUUGCUACAGAAAAGCCUUUUUUAAAAGGACAUUUUGCAAACUGAAUACCAAAUUUUAACACUUCUAUCAUUUCUUUGGGGGAGGGAGGGAGUGGAGGAGAAAAAUGAUUCCAAGUACGUUCCAGUAAGAUAAAAUGCUCCAUACAGAAUGUUGUGUUUUAAUGAUUGGUAACGCUUUCCUUUAUAAAGAAAAUCAGCAUAGGCAGUCUCAGCUCUUCAUGGUAUAGCCAUAUUGGUUGUUUUUAUCUGCAUAGGUGAUGUUAAUUGGGAACAUCCCAUUUUUGUCUAAAAACCAAUGCAUUCUCUUUGUAUUUAUGCUACUGAUUUAGUUGAUGUAAUGGUAGCAAAGCUACUGGCUGAUUUACUAACUGGAAUAGGCAGGUCUUCCUGUUGGUCUGAAGUUUCAUUAUCUGUACAGAACUGGAAGUGUUUUACAGAUUCUUGUGUUAUUUCUCCUAUUCUUAGGUUACUGGUCUGAUUGAUACUUUACCUAAGCAUAAAAAAAAACCUGUAGAUGCUGCUUUAUAAGCUUUAUUACCAAUGUGUAAAUUAUGUACAAAUGUUGGCAUUUUGUUUUCCAUAUGAAAUUAAGUUAAUAUUUACCAAAGUAGAUAGAAAGAAGUUAAAAUACAAACUGUAUAAACUGCAAUAAGAUUUUGUUACUUUAUAUAAAUGGCAAUGGUCAUAGACUUGCAGUAAGGGAGCCACACAGUUUUGUUAAUACCGCCAGUUUUAUCACUGUAAAGUGUUGUAAAUGUAACCUUUUACUCUGCACAUUUUUCUUGGAUUACCUUGUUUUCUCUCUCUAUUUAGUUUUAUUUUCCAACUUAGACCUCUAAAGCAGGCACAUAAAGGAUUUUGUCUGUUUAAUCAUUUUCAUAAUAAACUUCAA